GACGCUAGCAGCAUUGUGUGACCGAGGCAGGGUCUGCCGGGUUCAUUUCGCCGCUCCUCCACCCGGCUGCUCUUUUUGGAUCUCACUGCAAUGGCGGAACAGCAGCAGUUCUACCUCUUGCUGGGUAACUUGAUGAGCCCUGACAACAACGUCAGGAAACAGGCAGAGGAGACCUACGACAAUAUUCCAGGCCAGAAUAAGAUCACAUUCUUGCUACAAGCUGUCAGAGAUGCGUCUGCUGCAGAGGAGGUUUGUACACGGAUUGUGACCAUAUCUGUGGUGCUGAACUUUCCAGGAAUCUUUGGCAACCAGCAGCAGCAUUAUAUGGAGGUUAUCAAGCGCAUGCUUGUUCAGUGCAUGCAGGACCAGGCAAACCCACAGAUUCGUACCCUGGCAGCUCGGGCUGCAGCAUCUUUUGUUCUGUCCAAUGAAAGCAACACAGCUCUGCUGAAACACUUUUCUGAUCUCCUGCCGGGAAUCCUGCAGGCAGUGAAUGAGUCAUGCUACCAGGGAGAUGACUCUGUGCUCAAGUCUCUGGUGGAAAUUGCAGACACAGCACCCAAAUACUUGAGACCCAACUUGGAGGAAACACUGCAGCUCUGUCUGAGGCUGUGCGCUGAUACCAACCUUACAAAUAUGCAACGGCAGCUGGCAUUGGAAGUCAUCGUCACGUUAUCAGAGACGGCGGCGGCCAUGCUAAGAAAACACACGGCCAUUGUAGCACAGAGUGUGCCUCAGAUGCUGGCUAUGAUGGUGGAUCUCGAGGAUGAUGAUGAGUGGGCGAUGGCUGAUGAGCUGGAAGAUGAAGACUUUGACAGUAACGCUGUGGCUGGGGAGAGCGCGCUCGAUCGAAUCGCCUGUGGUCUGGGAGGGAAGAUCAUUCUUCCCAUGAUCAAACAGCAUAUCAUGCAGAUGCUGCAGAAUCCUGACUGGAAGUAUCGCCAUGCUGGGCUAAUGGCGCUGUCGGCCAUCGGUGAGGGUUGUCACCAGCAGAUGGAGGCCAUCCUCCAAGAGAUCGUCAGCUUUGUCCUCCUGUUCUGCUCCGACCCUCACCCAAGGGUGCGGUAUGCCGCCUGCAAUGCUAUUGGACAAAUGGCCACAGACUUUGCCCCCACCUUCCAAAAGAAAUUCCAUGAUAAGGUGAUCUCAGCCCUGCUGCAGACCAUGGAGGACCAGAGUAACCCUCGGGUGCAGGCCCAUGCCGCCGCCGCCCUCAUAAACUUUACAGAGGACUGUCCUAAAUCGCUGCUCAUCCUUUAUCUGGACAACUUGGUGCAGCACCUUCAUGUCAUCAUGGUUGCCAAGCUGCAGGAGGUGACGUUGGCCUUAACUGUCUCACGUGUGCGGGUGGCAGCAGCUGAGUCCAUGCCCCUGCUGCUCGAGUGUGCCCGGGUUCGAGGACCAGAAUACCUCACCCAGAUGUGGCACUUCAUGUGCGACGCCCUCAUCAAGGCCAUCGGCACAGAGCCAGACUCGGAUGUCCUGUCAGAAAUCAUGCAUUCGUUUGCCAAGUGCAUAGAGCUGAUGGGAGACGGCUGUCUGAACAGCGAGCAUUUCGAGGAGCUGGGCGGCAUCCUGAAGGGGAAGCUGGAGGAGCACUUUAAGAACCAGGAGCUCAGGCAGGCUAAGAGACAGGAUGAAGAUUAUGAUGAGCAGGUAGAGGAAACGCUACAAGAUGAGGAUGAGAACGAUGUGUACAUUCUGACCAAAGUAUCUGACAUCCUGCACUCGGUGUUCAGCAGUUACAAAGAGAAGGUGCUGCCUUGGUUUGAGCAGCUGCUGCAGCUCAUUGUCCAGCUAAUAUGUCCUAACAGGCCCUGGGCUGACAGACAGUGGGGUCUGUGCAUCUUUGACGAUGUGGUGGAGCACUGCAGCCCCUCCUCGUUCAAAUACGCAGAAUAUUUCUUGCGGCCGAUGAUCCAGUCACUCUGCGACACGAGCCCCGAGGUCCGGCAGGCAGCUGCCUACGGCGUCGGCGUCAUGGCUCAGUUCGGAGGCGAGAGCUACCGCCCCUUCUGCACAGAGGCCCUCCCCCUGCUGGUCAGAGUCAUCCAGGCAGCUGACUCGCGCUCAAAGGAAAACGUCAACGCUACAGAGAACUGCGUCUCUGCUGUGGGAAAGCUCAUGAGGUUCCGACCAGAGUGCGUCAACGUUAACGAGGUCCUUCCCCACUGGCUCAGCUGGCUACCGCUCAAAGAGGACAAAGAGGAGGCGGUCCACACUUUUGACUUCCUCUGUGACCUCAUUGAGAGCAACAACCCGAUUGUCCUCGGACCAGAGAACGCAAAUCUUCCUAAAAUUUUCUUCAUCAUAGCCGACGGAGUCUCAAAUGAAUCUAUCAAGAGCGAAGACGCGUGCAGCAAGCGGCUCGCUAACGUGAUCCGUCAAGUGCAGACCUCAGCAGGAUUGUGGACACAGUGCAUAUCGACACUCAACGAGACGCAGCAGAAAGCCAUACAGGACCUCCUGAGUACUGCCUGAGCCUGAACCCUGCCUCCGUCACCUCCCUUCUCUUUAAAAAUUAAAAAUCAAGCCCAUUAA